GGAUUCGAGCUAAGGGCGAAACGUCCACGAGAGAGAGAGGGGGAUUUCGUCCGCCGGCCGAUGGCGAGGAUCGUUCCCAUGUUCAACGCCACCUCCUUCUCCUCCAAUUCCGUCCGACUUGUGGCCCUCCACGCGCCGCUCUCCUCCUCUGCCGUCGCUCCCGCUGCCCGGUUCGCCCCCAGCCCUCGGUCCGGCCUCUGCUCCGCCCCUCGCGCUAUACAUCAUGAGCAGUUAUUUGGAAUAAAAACUUCUAGAUUGAUGAGAAAAGCAAAUUGUAUAAAGGCCAGUGCUUCCGGCAACAUGGCACAAGCUAGCACAACUAUUAGUAAAGAAGAGGCGUUUGAGUGGGUGAAAAAGGAUAAUCGGAGAAUGCUUCAUGUUGUUUAUCGUGUUGGUGACUUGGAAAGGACGAUCAAAUUUUACACGGAGUGCUUGGGAAUGAAGUUGCUGCGGAAGCGUGACAUUCCUGAGGAAAAAUAUACAAAUGCUUUCCUUGGAUAUGGACCCGAAGACUCACAUUUUGUCGUUGAACUUACUUAUAACUAUGGAGUUGACCAGUACGACAUUGGAUCUGGUUUUGGACACUUCGGUAUAGCAGUUGAAGACGUUGCCAAGACAGUGGAUCUUAUAAAAGCCAAAGGAGGAAAAGUGACCAGGGAACCUGGUCCUGUAAAAGGUGGCAAAACUGUAAUUGCCUUUAUCGAAGAUCCUGAUGGUUAUAAGUUUGAACUUCUGGAAAGGGGCCCGACACCAGAGCCCUUGUGUCAAGUGAUGCUUCGUGUAGGAGAUCUCGACCGUUCCAUAAAUUUCCAUGAAAAGGCAUUUGGUAUGGAACUUCUCCGCAAACGAGAUAAUCCUGAAUACAAGUACACUGUGGCAAUGAUGGGAUAUGGCCCUGAAGAUAAGAACACUGUAUUGGAGUUAACCUACAAUUAUGGAGUCACAGAAUAUGACAAAGGGAAUGCCUAUGCACAGAUUGCCAUUGGCACGGAUGAUGUUUAUAAGACAGCAGAGGCUAUAAAACUGCAUGGAGGAAAGAUUACUCGUGAACCAGGCCCCUUACCUGGCAUUAAUACCAAGAUCACUGCAUGCUUGGAUCCAGAUGGUUGGAAAACUGUAUUUGUUGACAAUAUAGAUUUUGCUAAAGAGCUGGAGUAAUCAAGCAUAAGUUACCUUCUGCUCAAAGUGGCAUUUGCCUGACUAAUCUUAUAAGAUGCCUGAUCAGAUCUCAGUUUGUACAUAGGCCAGUUUUGCCUGCCAUUUUAGUGGAAGUAUGUAACAUGUGUCCUCCACACUGGUGUAGUUUUAAUAUUUUUUAAAAUUUGUUUUGAAGUAAUAUCAAAUCAAUCCUGUUUACAUUUUUCGGCAUUGACUUUUUUGCUUAUACAAGUACUAUAUUUUUCGUAUCA